CUUCCUGCUCUACAUACACUUCUUCUUCGAGGGAAUACCUGGUAACACCCAAAGGACUCGGCCUAUAGCGCAUCUACCAGAAAUACAAUAUCAACUUUUCCGUGCAGAUGUUUGUGGGGUGACAAGUUCUCAAAUUAGGUAUGAUGACAGUAUGACGUUGUCCUCCUCUCUGCCCUGAUAAUGUACGAGGUGAUGCAGGGAGACACUACCACCCUGUCCUGGAGGCUACCCAGCCCCGGCCACAACGACGGCCCACAACAGAGCCCCUUCAGCGGGGAGGGAGGACCUACUAAGAUCCUAAAAGUUUGUUUCUCCACUAACAACAACACCCUGGGGAAGAACUUCAAGCUGGUCAAGUGUGACAGCUCCUGGCAGAUCAGGGCUGUAGUCCAGUCUAUCCUGACCAGUGGUAGACUGGGCCUUAACAUCCAGUAUAAAGGCUGCUAUGGUCUGCUACUGAAGCACCUCAAGUCAGACGAGCUCCACUGGCUCCAUCCAGACCUGACCGUGGGGGAGGUGGAGCAACGUUAUGAGAGUCACCACGUGGAGGCAGAGUGGAGAUAUGACCUGAGAGUCCGCUACAUUCCAGUCAACUUCCUGGAAAAGUUUAAAGAAGACAGAACCACAUUUCUGUAUUUCUAUCAACAGGUGCGUAGUGACUACAUGCAGUACCAUGCCAGUAAAGUCAGUGAUGGAAUGGCCCUGCAGCUGGGAUGUCUGGAGAUCAGGAGGUUCUAUAAAGACAUGAAUGCUAAAGGCCUGGAGAAAAAGUCCAACUUUGAAGUGUUAGAGAAGGACGUGGGGCUGAACCUGUUCUUCCCACAGGAGCUCAUUGACAGCAUGAAGUCUCGUCAUCUUCGUAAGAUGAUCCAGCAGACGUUCCAGCAGUACGCUACUCUGAAGGAGGAUGAGUGUAUGGUUAGCUUCUUCCAGACACUCACCGACUUCAUCACCAUUGGCGAAGAGGUCUACCCUUGUGAACUGGUGCAAGGCUGGAGUCUGUCAGUAGAGCUGGUGAUAGGAGCCAGGGGCAUUCGCCAACGCACCCACAAAGACUCAGCACCUGUGUGUCUAGCGAACUUCAAACAGAUCAAGAGCAUCAAGUGUUUAUCUCAGAGUGACAACAAAGCCCUCCUCAAUCUGGACAUAGACGGAGCCAGACAGCCUCUGUCUAUCAACGUGACUAAGUUUGCGAUGGCAGAGAACAUGGUGGAUCUUAUUGAUGGUUACUGUCGUUUGGAGCACGCCACUGACGAGUCGUUUAUCGUCAGACCUAACAAAGACGCCAAUCUACGAUGUUCCCUUCCAGAUCUGCCCACAAAUCAAAUGGAAAACACAGGUUGCUUCAGAUAUAGCAUGGGAUCUGAAAUCUACGCUGAGAUUGAUGAACGACCGAGGUCUGUGGUGAAGUAUGGAAUCGACAGACAUGACAUUGUUCUGGGACGGAUCCUUGGCGAGGGGUUUUUCGGGGAGGUCUAUGAAGGAAUGUACAAGAAAUCGAAUGGGGAGAGGCUAAGUGUGGCGGUGAAGACCUGCAAAGACUGUUCACCUGACGUCAUGGAGAAGUUCAUGAGUGAAGCAGUGAUCAUGAAGAACCUGAAGCACCCCCACAUCGUCAGUCUGAUUGGUGUCACAGAGGAAGAACCAGUGUGGAUUGUCAUGGAGUUAUACCAGUAUGGAGAGCUGGGUAAAUACCUAGAAGAGAACAAGCACAAGCUGACCAACAUAACGCUGGUCCUCUUCAGCCUGCAGAUCUGUAAAGCUCUGGUCUACCUGGAAGGAAUCAACAUGGUGCACAGGGACAUAGCGGUGAGGAACGUGCUGGUGGCCACAGCAGACUGUGUUAGACUGGGAGACUUUGGCCUGUCCAGAUACAUCGAGGAAGAAGAGUAUUACAAGGCCUCAGUUAGCCGAUUACCUAUAAAAUGGAUGGCUCCAGAAUCCAUUAACUUCAGACGGUUCACAACGGCUAGUGAUGUCUGGAUGUUUGCGGUGUGUAUGUGGGAGAUCUUGAGUCGAGGGCAGCAGCCUUUCUUCUGGUUGGAGAACCGUGACGUCAUCAUCCAGCUGGAACAAGGCAUCCGACUACCCAAACCUGACGACUGCCCUCCUGCCCUCUACUCCCUCAUGACACGCUGCUGGUCCUACAACCCCCGCGAGAGACCCUCUUUCACAGAGCUGGUCGUUAAGAUCAGUGACGUCCAUCAGAUGGAGAAGGAGCAGGAGGCAGAGCGGGAGAGGGACAGAAAACGCCCCAUCAAGGUCUUUGACACCAAGUUCAAAUUCAAUGAGCCUCCUCCGAAGCCCUCCAGGAUGAAUCCUGGGGCUCGUUUUGGUAACAAUAUUGGCCUGCACGUUCAGCUGAAUGAGGCCCUGUGUGCCAGCUCUCCAGACCUGGUCAGUCCCUGUGAAUACACCACUGUUGUAGACUCUAGGAGCAACACAGUGGUCGUGCCCAUGAUGUCUCCACGACGAUGCAGCAUGGGGGAGGGUCAGUUCAUUGUGGAGCCGUCCAGUAAGGAGGACGCCCAGCGGUUGUGGCAGAUGGAGAGAGAGCGUAUGCAGGAGACGAUGAGACAACAGAAACAACAGAUGAUGGAGGACAACAAGUGGCUGACCAAGGAGGAGAGACUCCUGGUGGGGAAUAUAACUUCAACCUUUACCCCCCCCCCAGACCUAGCAACACGCCCUAGCGACCACCCUAGCAACAAGUGGCUGACCAAGGAGGAGAGACUCCUGGAUCCCAUGAGACAGGAGGAUGCCACCAGCCCACUGUCACCUGAAGCUGAGACUGGACAUGCCGCGCCAGACAAGCCCCCACGUCUCACCGCCCCCACAGCCCAGGCCGCCCCCACAGCAGAGCUGGACCGGUCAGGUGACCAGGUGUACCAGGCGGUCAUGGAGCUGGUCAAGGUGGUGGUGCAGUUGAAGAACGAUGUCAACACACUACAGCCUGAACAAUACAUCAACAUAGUGAAGUCUGUAGGGUUGACCUUGCGGAGUCUGAUCCACAGUGUGGAUGAUAUUCUCCCUACCCUGCAUGAAUCCAUCAGGACAGAGAUCGAGGGCACCCAGAAGCUGUUGAACAACGACAUGUCAGAGUUGAUCAGUAAGAUGCGUCUGGCCCAGCAGAACGCCAUCACCUCUCUGAAGGAGGAGUGUAAGAAACAGAUGCUGACUGCAGCACACAACCUGGCCAUGGAUGGGAAGAACCUACUGGAUGCUGUGGACCAGGCCAGGGUCAGGGCCAACCUGGCCAAGCCUAAACCGGGAGACCCCAUAGUGGAGUAAAUACCCACAGGACACUCAUCCCCCCUCUCUGGAUGGAUGGAUGAUUUACAAAGUGUUGUUUUGUUGUUUUGUCUUCAUUGGAGGACAGGUCAGAACCAAACAUGUUGCCACUGAUUGGAUGGACAUCAGUGACUUGCAGGUACAAUAGUCAAGAUGACUGGCAUCAAUAUGACUGGCAUCAGUAUGACUGGCAUCAGUAUGACUGGCAUCAGUAUGACUGGCAUCAGUAUGACUGGCAUCAAUAUGACUGGCAUCGGUAUGACUGGCAUCGGUAUGACUGGCAUCAGUAUGACUGGCAUCAAUAUGACUGGCAUCAGUAUGGCUGGCAUCAAUAUGACUGGCAUCAAUAUGACUGGCAUCAAUAUGACUGGCAUCAGUAUGGCUGGCAUCAAUAUGACUGGCAUCAAUAUGACUGGCAUCAGUAUGGCUGGCUUCAGUAUGACUGGCAUCAAUAUGACUGGCAUCAGUAUGACUGGCAUCAAUAUGGCUGGCAUCAGUAUCACUGGCAUCAAUAUGACUGGCAUCAGUAUGGCUGGCAUCAGUAUGGCUGGCAUCAGUAUCACUGGCAUCAAUAUGACUGGCAUCAAUAUGACUGGCAUCAGUAUGACUGGCAUCAAUAUGACUGGCAUCAGUGUGACUAAAAAUGUAAAAUGUCAGGAUUCAAAUGGACAGAAAAGAGGACUUCCUUGUGUGAUAUUUGUUUAUCAUCUCAGUGCUUUAAAUUAAAGACAUGCUCUGGAACUUUG